CUCCCUUCGCGUCAUCCCAUUACAUACAAGCGUAUAUUCGCAUAUUCCCAUCUGCAAAUCUCAAUCUCCUCCAUUACGCACCAGGUGCACUUUAGCCCAAACCUAUUUUUCGAGUCUCAACCUAAGCCUCUAUACAAAUCCCGCUUCGUCCCUCUCCCUUUUUCGAAUUCCCAAUCUCCAUAACCAACGCACCUUGCGCACUGUAGCCGAAUCCGCACCUCCUGCCAUAUAUACCCCCUUUCUUCCUCUGAAACCCUAACCCUAGGUCUCUGGAACCAUGCUCUUAUCUCCAGGCCAUUCUCCCCGCCACGUCUCUGACAAAACCCCAGAAACCCUAGAAAUCUCAUCCUCUUCAGACGGUUCCAAAAACCCUAGAAAGCGGCCCACCUCGAGCGUCCUCGACGAGGAUACGUACGUUGCUGCGAUCGAGAAGAUUGUCGAGCGCGACUUCUUCCCUGACCUCCCGAAGCUCCGUGAUCGCCUUGAUUGGCUCGAGGCCGUCCGAUCAGGUGACCCUAUCCAGAUCCGCGAUGCCCAGUUGAAGAUCCUUGAGCGCCGCGGCAGCGGCGGUGGAAGAACCGCGACUCCCGCCUCAUCCGAUGGUAAAAUCCGGUCCUCCGCCUCGAGUUUCUUUUCUUCGCCUACUCCCUUGGAUCCCUACAAAUCCCCAGCCCAUCCCGGUCCGGAAUUCUCUGCGACGGGAGAGUCCGCAUCUGCUGCGGAAGACUCGGCCAUGGUUGAUGAUUUGCUGUCGCUUGAUGAGUUCUUCCGACGUUACACGAGCGAAGACAAUGAGAGCUUCUCGAAAAUCAUGGAAAAGGUGAACCGGAAGCGCAAGGAGAGGUUUGGGUAUCUGACGGAAGGUGAAAAGGAAGAAGUGAAAGCCCUGGAAUUGGAGAAGAGGGAUCGCAUUACCGAUGGCUUUGGUACAUCUGAUCAGCCUUUGAGCACGUUAGAAGGGUGGAAAUACACCGCGAAGAAUCUCUUGAUGUAUAAUCCUGUGGAUCAGGGUGAAGUUCCGUUGACAGAGGCAGAACGUGCGGAGCGGAUUAAGGGCCUGACGAAGGAAAUUGCACGGUCGAACACUCGGUUUCAUGGGAAAUUGACGGAUGCUAGGCCAAAAGAGGAAGACCCGGUCGCCAUUCUCUACACUCCGGUCGCUGGUGCGACGCCUGCCAUUGCAGCUGCCUGGCCCUUUUCGAGCCGUGAAGCAGAGCGGUUGAAGAAGUAUGAUUUGGAUGAUUUGAGAAAGACACCGAAUCCCUUUUACGUGGAAUCCACGAAGAAGUCUGAGGAUGGUUAUAAUUAUGUUAGAACACCGUCCCCUGCGCCAGGCGUCGACGAAUCACCUUUCAUUACAUGGGGUGAGAUUGAAGGGACACCAUUGAGAUUGGAGCAAGAAGACACACCGGUUGGUAUAGGGGGCAGUGGUGAGGGGCCUCAUUUUAGAAUCCCUUUCCCACCAACUAGAGACGUGAAGGCCCACUCUUUGUCACGUGAUGCCGCCCGUAAGCUGAGGGAGAGAUCUAAGAUGUUUCAGAAGCCACCAUUGCCUUCACCAGCUAGAGGGGGCAGCAUGAGCCCGAAUGUCCGGACGCUUUCUCCAGCCGCACAGAAGUUUGUGAGGAAUGCCAUCUCGAAGUCUACGAGCACUGUGGAUGAAUCCCUUCGAGCAAGCUACCGUGGCGCAAGCCCAUGCAUAGGGACUCCGAAAGCAGGCAGGAGUUUGACUAGGUUUGGAAGAGAUGACAGCUUGGGGUCGAGAUCGCCUUCAGUAAGAGAGGGUUCUAAUCCUCCAUGAUAAUGUACAUUUGUUUCUUUUUCCUGUCCUUGUUUAGAUACUCAGAUAUUCACAUGGUUAAACAAGGAGGUAUGUGGCUCCUGUGUUAAGCUUCUUGUUUUCCAAAUUCGGGUACUAGCCCAUUCCAUGAUGUAUCGUUUGGCAAUAUAAAAUACAAUGCCAUUCACCAUCUCCAUACUGUCUAAAGGUUUAUUAAUUUUAAACCUUGCCUGAGGCAAGAAUCUGAAUUUUAGUAUGGUAUUCUUAUUAAGCACAA